AUGUUCCAAUGGUCUAAGAAAAUAAUUUCUAUAAAUAGCGAAGCGGGUACGACCAAUUGUGCGGCGAACGAGUUCCUGUGCGGCUUCAAUGACGGCACCAGACCAGAGGCGAAUGGCUGCAAGGCCAACACCACCCUCUGUGACGGAGUGAACGACUGCGGGGACUUCAGCGACGAGUACAACUGUUUCCUGACACACCCGCAGUACUCCUGUUUCCAUGACGACGGGACAACCACCUACCGCUCAGUGAACGUGGCAAAGGCCAGUUUGUGUGACGGGGUCAAUGACUGUGGGGCCACCCAAGACCUCACCAGAUUCAGAGACGAACUCGGAUGCCAUGACGCGUCCUUCACCUGUACAUCGACCCAGUUUGCGUGUAGGAACCCAGCAGGGACCAUAGUGCAGUGUGUGGACUACACCAAAGUGUGUGAUGGGUACAAUGACUGUGGGCAAUACGGGGGAGCCACGCCAUGGCACUAUCAGGACGAGGCAGGAUGUGAUGUGUCUUGUGCCUCAAAUGAGUUCAAGUGUCCGGCUUCUGGUACUUGCAUGCUCGCAGAUGGCUCAGGGACUGCAAAAGUGUGUGACGGUGUGAACGACUGCGAAGACAUGCGCGACGAGCUAGGCUGCAACAGCAACUGUGGCCCGACUGAAGUGUACUGUGGGGGAGUGUUGUGUACUGACAAAGUGUGUGACAUGAACAAUGACUGUGGACCAGACUACCACUACGUGGACGAAGUCGGAUGCUACCAAUCUGCGGGUGAGUGUGGUGCAAGUGGGGACAAGACUAAAGUGCAGUGCAAGGACAACUCCACCUGUGUGACUCUGGCGGAGACAUGCGACGGGGACAACGACUGCGACGACUUCUCCGACGAACUCAACUGCCACGCCGCCUGUGGAUUAAGUCAAUUCACGUGUAAUACAACUUUGGCUGGUGGCCAUGUGUGUGUGAACGAGGCAGUUCUCUGUGAUGGGGUUCCAGACUGCAAUGUCACCAGAUACAACGACGAAUUAGGAUGCUCCACGUGUACACCCGCCCAGUUCCUGUGUGACGACGGAUCCUGCAUAGCCGACACUCUACUCUGCGACAACAACAAAGACUGCCCGACAAUGGAGGACGAAGCCAAUUGUGACGACAGCUGCGCGAAUGAUGAGUACGUCUGUCCCAUCACUGGUCUAUGCUUACAGCUGGACACACCCUAUGCAGCACCUGCGAUCGUCACUAAAAUAUGUGCAUUGCGGAUACCUUGUUGUGUAAUCAAGAGAACGACUGUGGUGGAGUCAAUGGAGAGGAAUAUUCGGACGAACUUGGAUGUCCAGGCGCACAAGGCUGCAAUGGAACCCAGUUUGCGUGUGAGGAUGACACCACUUGUGUGAAUAAGGCCAAGAUAUGUGACGGGGAGAACGACUGCGACGACUACUCGGACGAGGAGGGGUGCACAGUGGCGCCUUCUGAUGUCUGCAGAAACGACGAGUUCUACUGCUCUGGGACGGCAGGUACGUUCAAUUUCGACAAGUGUAUCGAUUCUUUUCACUCUGGUGCCAAUACAGAGACGUGUGACGGAGUGAACAACUGCGGCAGUACUGGAUUCGAGGACGAAUUGGGAUGUAAAGAUGCGACUAUUAACUGUGACGUCGAUGAGUGGCUGUGUCGAAAGGACUCUACAUGUGUGGACAUCACAACUCCGAAUUACUUCUGCGACGGACUCAACAACUGCGGCGACUUCAGUGACGAAGACCAUUGCGACGAUGGGUGUGGCGAGGGUGAAUACAAGUGUCCGAAUCGCAACAGGUGUGUCAAAAUGAUUGGAGGAGGUGGGAGAGAGGUGUGCGACGGGGACAACGACUGCGGAGACUUCGCCGACGAAAUUGGAUGUACCAAUGGGCCGAAUGGUUGUGCCCCGAAUCAGUUCGACUGUGGGGCAAUAGGAGGUGCCGACGAUCAGAAAUGCAUCGCAUCUGGAGACACGUGCAAUGGCGACAACGACUGCUUCUAUACAAACUCCUACGUUGACGAAAUAGGCUGCGGUACUUGUAAUGAUGACGAGUUCAGAUGCAAGAUCUCCACCCCUCAGCAGUGUGUGAAAAACACUACUUUGUGUGAUGGAAUCAACGACUGCCACGACUUCUCAGACGAACAACACUGUGCUUUCGGUACAUGUGGGGCUAACAAGGACCAUUUCCACUGCAACAAUGGCUCUAAUGUAUGUGUCCCGGAGGGUGCAGAGUGCGACGGGUACAAAGACUGCGACCUCGGAGAGGACGAACACGGAUGCUUCAUUGGUACGUCGACCACGCAGUCCUGUGACUCGUCCUCAUUCUACUGUGGACUGGGUGCGACUAAUGUCCUUCCAGCAGACAACACAGCUGGAUGUGUGGCCACUAGCAAACUGUGCGAUGGCUACAACGACUGCGACAACUUCGGAGACGAGAUCAACUGCGAUGACAAACUGGCAAACACCUGCGGAGAGAAGCAAUACGAGUGUUUCGAGACAGCCAACAGGUGUGUGGAUGCUGACCCAGGGGGGACGAACCUGGUCUGCAACGGGGAGAACGACUGCGGAUCAUUUGAGGAUGAGUUGGGGUGUGGCACUACAUGUGGGAUCUAUGAGAUGACGUGUGCCAAUGGCAACUGCAUCACCACUGCCCUGGAUGGCUCAGCUGAGCAGAGGUGUGACACAUUCAACGACUGCGGAGACUACAGCGACGAGUUCCUCUGUGACGACAUGAUUAACCUCACACCCGAUACUUAUACUUGCACUGGGAAUGACAAUGAGUUCCAAUGUUGGGACGGUUCUUGCAUCAAAGACAGCGAGACUUGCGAUGGGAAAACGGACUGUCCCUCCUAUGACGACGAGCUCAACUGUCUCGGCAGGGUAGCCGGGUGUGGAUCCAAGACUGACUUCGCCUGCUAUGAUGACUCAAAAUGUGUCACUUAUGAUAAAUUGUGUGAUGGAACUGAUGAUUGUGGCGACAAUUCUGAUGAAGCUGACUGCAAUAACCCAGCUGGUCUGGCAGACUGUCCAGUGAAGACUCUCUACGACGGAGCAGCCGAGUCAACCUUCAAAUACACAGUGAACAUUGGCCCAACAGACCCUGGAUACGGGGCGUGGCUUAAUUGCGAUCUCACUUUUUCAUUCACAAACAACGUCUGCAUCUCCUUCACAACUUUCGACCUCCAAAUCAACGACACUAAAACGGGAUUGUGCAGAGAUUACGUGGAAAUAGAGGUUGGAGGAGUUACCAAUGGGCCUUACUGUGGCGCUACCAACCCCUUCCCCGCCGGAGCCGGAUUCAAUGGGGGGCCGGGAGCAGCCGUGGUCAGGUUCAGAUCAGACCUCAAUGCCUACGCCGAUGGUAUCACUAUAGUUGCCGAAGAUUGCGGUAAGUAG